AGGUGGGGUAGACCACUAGGAUGAGGAGAGGUGGAAGAAAGACAAACACUGCCACUGCCACUGAAAAUGCCAUCAACAAGACAUGUUUUUUAGACAGAUAGGGAACAUUUGGAUCAAUGUACAAAACAGUCUCAUCCCCAAUACUUCCAACAGUUACAUCUGUUGUCCAUGUAAAUGUCUCCCAAAUGAGAUAAGUGACUUUUGCAUAAGACAAAAAAAACAGCGAUGAAAAUGCUUGUAUCAUUGACGAGCUGGGGUCCCAGGAGCGGUAAAAAUGCACAUAAACUCUGCUAAAUAGUCUCCAUAAAACCACAACUGGCUUGAAGUUAUUGGCAUGACAUUGUAUCAAACUA